CUCUUUCAAAAAAGAGCACGAAACAUAUAUUGCUAGGCAGAUGGCGCUUCCCGAAAAUUAGCCAAUUUUAACAGCAAGAGGAAAGGCAAAAAAAGAUCGCCGAUCGAAACGAGAUGUGAGGGCUCAACAAGAAAUUCACUACAGAAGAAAGCAAACUGGAGAUUGGCGAAAGCCAAGUAAAAAACAAAGUGGAAGCCAUGUAUAGGAUCUUUUGCAAGGAAUGCACUUUUUACAAUUCAACUGAAAAUAGUGAUAAACCUGAUGGCCUAACCAUAGACGAACAGACGAAUUAUAGAUGUCACUAUUUCUUCAUCCUGUUCGAGGCUGGUUCAAUAUCAGGCGAUGAUGAUAUCGUUGUUCAUGAUAACGAAUCAUUUGUCCCUCCCCCCCAUGACGCGUCGGGCCAGUGUCAAGGUUGAUGUCGUCCAGAAUAACGUUGAAGAUGUGGAAUGGUCAGAUACUGAAAGUAGCACGAGCGAAGACAAUGACGAAAACAACGAUGAUGGUAACAACGGUGGUGACGAUGAUGUUGGCCCUGGUGACUACGGAAGACGCGCAACAUCAGCAGCCUCGACUAUUGUUACAAUAAAGUCAACAAAGUCAACAAAGCCAAUAAUGAAAUCAAACCAGGAAACGUUGUCAGCCCCACCAAAGACAAAAGGAUCACAGCAAAAUGACAUAAUUCAAGUGGUGAAUUUUAUGCGCGAGACCGAAAAAACAAAAGUGGAAAUGAUAAUCAAAAAAAUGGAAAUAGAAAGAAUCAGGAUAAAAAUGGAGGAGGAAAGAGAAAAAAAGUAGGCUAAAAAUUGAGGAAGAAAGGCAUUCGAUUUAUAAGAGAGAGCGCGAGCUGGAACUACGGGGCCGUGAACUGGAAUUACAA